AUGAGUAACCUGGAAGCUACACCACAGCUUCAAUAUAAACCCAAUGUGGUUUCUAAAGGAGUCAAUACUGACCUUGCAGGGCUUAUUCAUUGCCAUUUGCCAAGAUUUUCAUACAGACAUGGAAUGAUUCCAAAGCUCUACAUCAUGCCCUGGAAACAAAACAUGAAGUACCGCACACUGAAUUUAAAGCAUGCUGGCAACAUUGGGCUUUAUACUGGUUCCCUUGAAGACACCUUGUUUUUGGAAAAAAGCGAGAGGCAUUGCCAUGGAGAGAAUCGGAAGAAACUUCUGCAGAAAGUGCCACAGAAAAUGACGGUGGAAGACAUUCCCAUUUAUUCCCAUCUUUCACGAUACCACAAGUCGAUUGUGUCAUAUGGCUUCAGGAUCAAACUCUGAGUCACUUUUCUCCAGCUGGGAUUUGCAUCAGCCAUGAAUUAAACAUAGCUGCAAGGGAAACUGAAUGUGAUCUUUUCAUUCUUUUCCAAAUCAAGUAAAGCGCUCAAAUCUACCAAACAAAUAUGAUUUCUAUCAAGGAAAUAACUGAAGAUUUGAUGUACUUGGACCCAUCCCACCCAAAAUCUAGAGCUUGGCCUUUUAUUUGUUAAAUAACCAGGGCAUUAUAUUGGCUUCACAUCUGAAAGGUAGCCAAGAUUGGGAUUACUAAUCUUUGAUUACAGCAAGGCCACAUUUUAUGAUAUUGUGGUGACUAUAAUGGGAUGAAUCCAUAACAACUCUACCACACAAUGAGACUUUCACAGUACCUACCUGUGGAAAUGGUUGAUUCACAAAUGUGCUGAAAUAGCCAUUACCUCUUCAUAAUGUGAUGAACUUUUAAAUUUGG